AGAUCGACAUGUGUUGGAAACGAAAUUUUAGAUUGAAAAUGACGGAUUGCGUUUGAUUGAUUGAGCAUCCAAUCGAUUGCUUAUUAUCUUUUUACACGACAACCAACACUAGAAAUCUUGUCUUUUCCAAAUCCGAGAAUUUACCUGUUCUUCUCUUCCAGGCGGAGGAGGAGGUGGAGGCGCAAAUCAGCCGCCUACUUACCGCCGUCUUUUACCGUCUCUCAUGGAACCGGAAGGAUCCACUACUACCGGUGGCUACCACGACGGAUCACCGAUCACUUCCCUUGCUCCCGACCACUUAUUCGCUAUUCUCCUUCUACUGCCUGUAGAUUCAAUACUCUCCUUCUCCGUUACUUGUAGCAGAUUUAGGGCUCUCACUUCCUCUGAUGCUCUCUGGGAAGCUAUUUGUAGAAGGGAAUGGGGAUCCGCUUCCGUCGAGGCUCUCAACUCCUAUCAUCUCUCUUCUCACCUGCCAUGGAUGCGUGUCUUCAAGCAACUUUCCCGGCUUGAAUCUGUUCGUUGCCAUAGAUUAUCCGAUCCAGACGCUGAAUCAUCGUCACUUCCGGGCCCUAGAGCUUCUCACUCCCUUAACUUCGUCUCAGAUUGCUUGGUACUCUUUGGUGGAGGUUGCGAAAGUGGGCGUCAUCUUGAUGAUACCUGGCUGGCAUACAUUGGUAAUGAUUGUCACAGGAUGCUAAACUGGCGAAAGAUGAAUUCAGGCACCCCAAGUGGGAGAUUUGGGCAUACAUGUAAUGUUGUUGGUGAUUUUCUAAUACUCUUUGGAGGAAUCAACGACAAUGGAAUUCGUCAAAACGAUACGUGGGCUGGAAGAGUCGAAAGGAAAGGGAUUCAUGGUUUUGAAUUCUCAUGGAUACCGCUCGAUGUGGGGGAGUUAGCACCACCGCCUCGUGGAGCUCAUGCUUCGUGCUGCAUCGAUGACAAGAAGAUGGUUAUCCAUGGAGGAAUUGGGUUAGGUGGUAUUAGAUUGUUUGAUACUUGGGUGUUAGAACUGUCUGAGAAUCUUAAAUUUGGAACUUGGUACGAGAUCGUGUCUCAUCCGUCGCCUCCAGCUCGGUCGGGACAUACACUUACUUCCAUUGGAGGAAUGAAAGUAGUUCUAUUUGGAGGUAGAGGAGUAGGCUAUGAUGUGCUGAAUGAUAUCUGGCUGUUGAGUAUAUUUGAGGGUCAUGGUAGAUGGGUGCAAAUCCUGUACGACUUACAAAACGUAACCGAAGGAGUAUCGCUCCCUCGAGUCGGACACUCGGCAAAUCUCAUCCUGGGAGGCCGCCUUCUAAUAUAUGGAGGGGAAGACACAGAGAGACACCGAAAAGACGACUUUUGGGCGUUGGAUGUCAGCGCGUUGAAAACAAUCGAAGUGCAGCUAACAACAGGAAACUCUAUUGGAUUAGCAGCAAAGAUGUGGAAGAGAUUAAAGGCGAAUGGUUGCACACCGAACUCGAGAUCAUUUCAUCGUGCCUGCACGGAUCGUUCUGGUUGUUGUUUAUACAUCCUUGGAGGGAUGGUGGAUGGCGUAGUUCAGGCUGCUGAAUCAUCAGGACUCAGAUUUGAUGGGGACCUAUUUCUUGUGGAAUUGGUGAUUUAGAUGUGGAGAUUAUAAUGCUUAAAUCAUUGGUCACUACGUUGGCCCUCUUUGCCAACAUUUCAGGGAAUGGUCGUAGAGGCAAUGAGCCUCGUGGUCGAGGUCGUGGCCAUGGACGUGGUCGAGUGUUCAUCUGGUUUGCUAGAAACUCGAGUUUUCUCAGUUGUAAUAAAGCAAGAAAUGAAGGGAAGGGAGUACACCGGAGAAUGUGUAUAAUCUUCUUUUUGUUGUCGUGUAAACUACAAUUCUCAGUUCGCAUGAAGAAACAGUUGUUUAGCCUAUUAAUGUGUAACAGCCAAGAUAAAAGCUUCCCCAACCAAGAUGAUCAAGUGGAAUUGAGUACCAAACGAGACCCCGACGCGGUUUAUUAGAAUCACGGAUGCCAGCCAAACUUGAGUACUCGAUUGGUUAGUAUAUGAUCGGAACUUCAAAUCUCUAUCCUCAUGUAUAUUAUUUAACUAUGAGAAGUUCGUCAUCGCAUAUGGUUGAAGUUGUAUGGUUAGUUACUAGAUGAAUUUAAAUAUCAUGAUUUCAUUACGAG